UCAUAGAGUUUCGCUCAGUCGGUCCUCAGCGGAGCGAGUGGAGCUGUGAAAGUCGGAUCAGCUGCUGAUUCAGAGCCGUGAUAUGAUAGAAACAGAGAAGCUUCCAGCGUCGCUUUAUUGCCUCCUGCUUCUGCUCUCUGGAGUCUCCUCUUACACUGAGUUCGAGAUCUCAGUGCCCAGUGGUGGUCAGGUUGGGGUUUAUGGGCAGUCCGUGGUUCUGUCCUGCAGCUUUCCCACCGGAGGCUCCUGGGAUGUGAGCAGCAGCGUGAUCACAUGGCAGCGUGGCCUGGAGGUGGUCCACAGCUUCUACCACAGCCAAGACCAGCUGGACCGACAGGAUCCGCACUAUGCCAACCGCACCAGCCUGUACCACCAGGAGAUGGCGAAGGGAAAUGCAUCACUCAGGCUGGACCGGGUCACCCUGGAGGAUGAUGGAAUAUACACCUGUUCGGUCAGCACACAGAUCGGCAGCCAGAAGAAAAGCUUCAGACUGAAAGUAGCAGCCUUCUACCCGGAGCCUCAUCUGCACAUCAACCUGUUGAGUAAUGGGCAGGUGGACCUCCUGCUGACAUCACAGGGAGGUUACCCCUCCCCCUCACUGCAAUGGCUGAUGGGAAACAUGGAGGACGUCACAGAGGAGACGCAAACGCAGCUGGAGCAGGACCAACACACCAGGCUCUACAGCAUCAACAGUAAACUCAACCUCACACGGGGCACCAACUCCUCCAUCACCUUCAUCUUGAAGAACCAAGAUCUGGGGCAGGAGAUCAGACGGAACAUCGACCUGUUCUUAGAAGACAGAGCUGGCGGUCCACUAUCAGGAGACAGGGGACAUUAUGUUCUCCUUGGAGCUCUGAUCACUCUCCUCACAGCCGGCCUAGCAGUGUUAAUUAUCUUUUUCCUCAGACGACGGACACAGAAAAGCACAACAAAAACAUUAUUCAGAGCCUCCGCUGACGAAGAGCAAUCCAUAAACCACCAAAAUGGAAAACCACCGCAUUGAGUUUGUUAUUUUCUCGCCUUGGAUGAAGAGACUGUAUCACUGCAGUGUCAUCACUCUGACCAACGAUGGACAUUUAGAGCGGAGAUGGUGAUCGGUCAUUUGCACCGUCUGAAAGAAGCCAUGCAUCAAGUCCAUUUUAUACCGCACUGCUAACAGUCCUGUGUUACACAUUUCAUGUCUUUUUUGGUGUUUUCUGUGAGUGACAUGCCAGAGAUUUCCAUCUAGAAGCGCUUUAUAAAACCAUCCUUCAGGGCUCCGUUGCUCAGUCAAGGUCCGUCAGUCCUGAACACCUUGUUUUCCUGCUGCAGCUGAUGUAAGCUAGUCUAGUGCUCGUCAGUCUUUAGAGGAGUCAAAUGUUUGUUCAGAGCAGCAGUAAGAUUUGAUUGGCAGCUAAAGGAUUUUCAUUUGUCUGCUCAAAGUGGAAGUUAAUGACACGUCAGUGCAGCCUGUAUUAAAGUGUAAAAUGAUGCACAUUUAUGAAAUUUCAGCAGAGAAAAGCGAAAGAUGUUGUGUUUCCAUCCACUACAGUAAUGUGAAGAAGCCUUAGACGGCGCCGGUGAUGAGGAGCUGCACUGAAACAAACAGGAUGGAGAGAUUUAACUGUUUUGGUCUGGUAGAAUCACCUUUACAGCCUUUUGCAGUUUUAUUAUUUUUUAUUUUUUUGUGAGCUGAAAUCUCCCACCAUUAGGUUGUCUAAAGUGACCUUUGAAAAGCUCCGCGCUGCGAUCGGUUCGUCUGUAGGAAUCACAGAACCAUGAGAAUUACAGCUUGAUAGUCAUCGUUUAUUCGAAAAACACUUUUUUCCAUCACUCUUUUUUGCAUUUCAGCUUUAGAGAUAUUCUAAAAUUUUUACCUUGUCCUAGCUUAAAACUCUUUUUAUAAUAAUUGGGUGUUUUUUUUUACAUUUUGGACCUUCUUGAUUCCAUCUAUUUGAUUUUCUAAAUUCACAAAAAACUGGUGGAUGGAAACCUCAAAAACACUGUUUUUGAUACUGAAUAGGAAAAAUCAGCUAAAUAAGCCAAACACAAGCCACCUACAAAAUAGUAGUUGCUGCCAUUUCAGAUGAAUGUUGCGCUGCUGUUUAUCUGUUUAUCUAUCUAAAAAUGUGCCUUACCUCAGCAAAUGAGGUAUGAAUUAAGUUAAUUUGUAUUUCUAUUGUAUUAUUCCUUUUUAGAUGCUAACUCAUUCAUAGACAUUCUGAACAAUUACAUUUUUUGAAUGUUUAUUUUUUUGAAUGUAGUCACCGAUUAUGUGGACUGUAUAAUACAGUCACUGCACUGAAAUACAGCACUGAUCAGU